CAAAUUCUAUAACCAAAACAAGGAUGUCGUGUACAAAUCACAGAUAUAGAUAUGUAUAGAAUUUGUGUAUGAUUUCAUUAGAGUGUUGCAUAAGACAAAACGAUAGACAUGGCAAGAAGAGGACAGAAUCUUGGUGUAUUCCUACUUGCAAUGCAAAUAAUGAACAUAGGAAUUGAAAAUAUUCCCCCAGUUACUCUAAUUUCAACAAUCCUUCAAGUGGCAAUUUUUCUGGAGAUUGGAGAUUUGUAUAGAUGGUUUCCAUCGCCCGGUCACGUAUGUAUAAGUGCAUUCAACGUAUGGGAUAGAAAAGAAUGGUACCGAAUUAUACUUGGAUCUCUGUACCAUGCUCACGAUUUCCAUCUAUACUACAACAUGGCGUCUUUCCUUUGGAAAGGUAGACAAUUAGAAAGACGGUGUGGAAGUGUUUAUUUUGGAUUUCUAUUGGCAGUGUUUACUGUACUGACCAGUAUUGUGUACGUGGCUCUUAGUAUUGCUCUGUCAGAAGUUUUGGACGACAGGUCAUACAGGAUGACUUGUGCAGUUGGAUUUUCUGGAGUAAUCUUCGCCUUGAAAGUUCUAGUUACUCACUAUAGUCCAUCUGGUACGCAGUACGCCAUGGGAAUUAUACCAGUGCCAAGUAAAUACAUAUUCUGGGCAGAACUAGUUCUAAUUCAGCUGAUCACACCCAAUGCAUCGUUUAUUGGACAUUUGGCAGGGAUUUUAGUUGGACUUCUGUAUAUUAAAGGACCAUUGAAAACUAUCAUGGAUAGUUUUCUUCAACCCGCUGAAGUUAGACGCUUCCACGGCGGGGGUUAUUCAAGGAAUAAUUAUUCACGCAACAGAUACAAUAUGGGCUACAAUAAUGAAAACUAUUCUGGUUAUAGAAAUGACAAUUUCAUGUACAGUAAUUAUACUGGGGGAUUGUCGGAAGAGGAACAAAUGAGGAGGGCCCAGGAGGAGAGUCUUAGAGGUGGUAGGAACUCUGAAGGACUUUAUCCAAAUCUUGAUGAUCUACGACAAAGGAGAGCAGAUCGAUUUAGCUGAUUCAUUUUGAAUUCAUUCAAUUUGCAGCCUUAUUUGUUGACAGUUUCUUCAUCAAUAAAUUUUCAUUUUUCUAUACCUUAAA